CGUGAAUGACCAAGAUUCAAUAUCGGGCGCAAGCCCGACAUGAACAACGUAAAAAUCCUGCCUUCAUUCUAUCGUCACUUCUGGAAGUGAACAGGACCGGACAUCAACUACAGGUUUAUUUCUUCUCCCAAUCGACACUACGAGGCCAUGACGAGGCGCAAUACCGGCGCCUGCCUGGCGCCACUCUUGCUGCUGGCCACGCUGGGAGGCGCCUCUGUGCCCACUGGCCUGGACAUGAAGCUGCUCAGGGAGGUGACGUCGAAUCCGAUGAACAACCAUGUGAUCUCGCCGUUCCUGAUGUCGCUGCUGAUGUCGCAGGUCUGGCUGGGCGCCGAAGGCACAACCAGAGCCGAGAUGACGCCUGUGCUGGGAAUGUCCGGUCCAAACGACAGAUCCUUCCUCGACGGCUACCGCUCGGCCUUGGCCGUCUUGUCUGGAACCAGUGACGGCGUCAGGGCGUCAGUGUUCAGCAGGAUCUAUCGCAAGCGCAGCUUCAGCGUGCGCCGCACCUUCAGCGAUUUAUUGGCGCGUUACUACGGAGCCGGAGUGGAGGUGCUGCCCAGCAACGCCUUGAAGGCUGCUCAGGUCAUCAACAACCAGGUGUCGGUGGCAACGCGCGGACACAUCAAGGACCUGGUGUCAAGUGCCGACGUCAGGAAUGCUCAACUGGUGCUUUUAAGCGCCGUGUAUUUCAAGGGCACUUGGCUUUAUGGCUUCAAGAAGCACGGGCAGAAGCCGUUCUUGACGUCGGAUGGUGAUCGGCGGGUAGACAUGAUGAUGGUGGAGGCAGAGUUUGGUAUUGCCGCCCGACCACACUUUGAUGUCGUUGCGUUACCGUACCAAAACCAAGAUUACAGCUUGCUGGUGCUGCGCCCGCGCAGUCGCUCCAUGGCUGGCGUGACCCUGAUGCGGAAGUCUCUCGACGGCCUGAACGUGACCCGGCUACACAGUCAGCUACGUCAGCGAACCGUGCGUGUGGUGAUGCCGUCGUUCAAGAUCGAGGGUCUCUAUGUGAUGCCCUUCUACAUGAGAAGCCUGGGCAUCAAGCGGAUUUUCCAACGGGGGGCAAACUUCAACGGCAUAUCGUCGGACAAGACCUUUGUCAGCAACAUCAUCCAUAAGGCGGUGAUGGAGGUCAAUGAGGAGGGCACGACAGCUACGGCGGUGACAGUGACAAUAGUAGCAAAUAUCGGGAUUCAAUCCGCGACCUUCGCUGUAGACAGGCCAUUUUAUGUCAUUCUCUACCACAAACGUGAAAAAGUCACCUUGUUUGCUGGACUAGUAGCUAAUCCUUGAGAGCACAGCAUGAUCAUUGGGUACGCCUUUGUUCCAUGUGCAUCCGCCAUCGUUGGUUUUAAUCACAUUUGUUUCAAACCGAAAGGGUCGCCUGACAUUUUUGCGAUUAGAGUGGAUGCACCGAAAAUACGUAGACGUAUCCGACUGCCAAUAAAAGAGGCCUU